GACUAUCUUACUGAGUGUAAUCUCUCUGCUUAAUGAGCCAAACACAUUCUCUCCUGCCAAUGUGGAUGCGUCAGUCAUGUUCAGGAAAUGGAGGGACAGUAAAGGAAAAGACAAGGAGUAUGCUGAAAUCAUAAGAAAACAGGUUUUGGCUACCAAAGCUGAGGCAGAAAAGGAUGGCGUGAAGGUCCCCACUACACUGGCAGAGUACUGCAUCAAAACUAAAGUGCCUUCCAAUGACAACAGUUCAGAUUUGCUUUAUGACGACUUGUAUGAUGAUGACAUUGACGACGAAGACGAGGAGGAGGAGGAUGCCGACUGUUACGAUGAUGAUGAUUCUGGCAAUGAGGAGUCGUGACCUGCUCCUUCUAUGCCCCGACUCAGGCCAGAAAGGAGCAGUGGUAAACUAGCAGCAGUCCAGCGGGGGGGUGGGGGAAUAUAAAAAAAAACUUUGACUCCUGCUGUCUCCUGUUGUAUGGAUCUGUUUGCUCCUUUUUUAUGGACCUCUAGAGACCCUUUACAGGAUGUCUGAAUUCUUGCAUUCUUAACCCUUUCAUCACUGUAUCAUGAUUUCUUUUUAAAAAAACAAACUCUCUUUUUCACUUCUCUAUGAAAUGCUCACAGCAAAACAGGUUUACUUGUGUUUAGAUUCUUGAAUUAAAUACAGUCUUGCAUUGAGUUGUUGAAU